UUUCUGUUGGUAAUUAUAUAUAUAUAAAAUAUAUAUAUAUAUAUGAUUGACUAAUAUUCUGUAAUUAUGCCAUCAGCCCCCCAUCUCUUUCACUCUGCUAUUCUUUUUUGCCAUCUCUCUUUUGAUAAAGUCCUGUGUAGUUUUGCAUUGGAGCUUUUGAGUAUUUGGGCUUUAGUGAUUUGGUAUUUUUGUUUUGAGAUUUAGGCUCUUGUUUGUUUCUUGAUUCUGAAUUUCUGCUGAUUUUCUAUUGUUUCGUUUAGAUCUUACCGAGUUGGGAGAUACAAUCCUCUGAAGUUGAUCAUGGCCAGUAGUUGUUGGAUCUAAGAGUUGAGCUGAGUGUGUAUUGCUUCAGUCAUGUCAUCGAAAACUGCCUCAAGAGCUCCCUUACCUUCCCAGCCCUCGAAACCUAACAAACCGAAACCUGUCAAUCCCGAACAACCGGCAGAAGAUAUCGAGUCAAACCAUUCUCCGACUAAAGUCAACAAUUCGUCGAGCGCGUCAGAUUCCACCAGAUCCGAGCAAGUCUCUACAACAACCGUAGAUCUCGAUUUACACGAGCUUCGGAGCUCACUCGAAACUUCGAUCGAUCAAGAAAAGACGAGUGAUGUAGCCAGUGCGAAAACCAGCGGAUGCGCUAAAGUAAGCGGCCAUGGAAAUUUCGUGGAGAGCGGAAAGAGCAGCAUGUGCAGAGCGAGCACGGGGAGUGAUGUCAGCGACGAGAGCACAUGCAGCAGCUUUAGCAGCACCAUCAACAAACCCCAUAAAGCGAACGACACUCGAUGGGAAGCCAUUCAAGUUAUCCGAGCGAGAGACGGUGCUUUGGGACUUAGCCAUUUUAGGCUGCUCAAAAGAUUGGGGUGUGGGGAUAUCGGGAGCGUUUAUUUGGCCGAAUUGAGCGGAACAAAGUGUUAUUUCGCGAUGAAAGUUAUGGAUAAGGGUUCUCUUGCGAGCCGUAAGAAGCUUCUUCGUGCUCAGACGGAGAGAGAGAUACUGCAGUCUUUGGACCAUCCUUUUCUUCCGACUCUCUACUCGCAUUUUGAGACGGAUAAGUUUUCGUGUUUGGUAAUGGAAUUUUGUCCUGGAGGAGAUCUGCACACUCUUAGACAAAGGCAAGCUGGGAAAUACUUCUCCGAACAUGCGGUGAAAUUCUAUGUGGCAGAGGUACUGCUCUCCAUGGAGUACCUACACAUGCUCGGAAUUGUGUACCGCGAUCUCAAGCCAGAAAACGUUCUAGUCAGAGAAGACGGUCACAUAAUGCUCUCCGAUUUCGAUCUCUCGCUUCGCUGUGCAGUCAGCCCAACUCUUGUCAAGACAGCAUCUUUCGACAGCUCGGACCCACACCGUAAAAACUCUGCCUACUGCGUGCAGCCGUCGUGCAUCGAACCAACCUCCUGCAUUCAGCCUGCAUGUGUGGUCCCCACAACAUGCUUCACUCCCCGUUUCUUUUCCAGCAAAUCCAAAAAGGACAAAAAACAGAAAAACGAAAUCUGCAACCAAGUUAGCCCUUUACCCGAGCUAAUGGCUGAGCCAAGCAAUGCUCGAUCAAUGUCUUUCGUUGGGACCCAUGAAUAUUUAGCACCGGAGAUUAUCAAAGGGGAAGGGCAUGGGAGUGCCGUGGAUUGGUGGACUUUUGGGAUUUUUUUAUACGAGCUUUUGUUCGGUAAAACUCCGUUUAAGGGGUCCGGUAAUAGAGCUACUUUGUUUAAUGUUGUGGGCCAGCCUCUUCGAUUUCCGGAAUCGCCCGUGGUGAGUUUUGCUGCGAGGGAUUUGAUCAGGGGCUUACUCGUAAAAGAGCCUCAGCAUAGGUUGGCUUACAAAAGAGGUGCAACUGAGAUAAAGCAGCACCCGUUUUUCGAAGGGGUGAAUUGGGCUUUGAUUCGGUGCGCCACCCCACCGGAGAUUCCGAAGGCGGUCGACUACGAGAGGAUACCCCCGCCAGCAACGGCACCACCACCACCACCGGCAAACGAUAAAGCUGCCGUUGCAGUUGCGGUUGGUGUCAAGGAUCAGAAAAGCGAUAAGUAUCUCGAGUUCGAUUUCUUUUAGUUAAAAUACUGUUUAGGGUUCAAGAUUGCGUUUUUAAGCCACGAGGGUUUUUGUUCUUGGAUGUGUGUUGGAAAUGGUGAAAUUUUACGACAAACCUUCGACUGUGUGAAAAUGGGUUUUUUUUUUUCCUUCUCUUUGACCAUUGUGUGGAUCAGAAUGGGGAUAAGAGGAUGUUGAUUGGGAGAGGAUGAAAUGGAAACUGCAUUAUUGUAGAAUUAUUUUGUGGAUGAUUUCUUGGAAAAUAGUUUGUUGAAUAUUAAUGCAUAUGGUAGGACCAAGGUUGUGGAUGGAUGUGCUAUGUCUGAACAUGCAUGCAUUUGUGUGUAUUUGCUGACGUUUCAACCAAUCAAUCAACCAGACAAGAAAAUGAUAGCUGUGACUUCUUGAUCCAUGAUCAUCUUCUUUCUUUGUUCUUUCUUGUUCUUGUCUGUAAACAGAUAUAUAUGUAAUAACUGAGAUUUGUCACUGUAAACAAUUUGUUUUUUAUGCAAUCAGAAAGUAAAUAGUGG